AAUAUGAAGAUAGUGUGCACCCCAUUGCAGAAAAAUAAUUGAGGAGGUUGGUCCAUGGCCACUCUCUGUUUCAUUUCCCCCAUCUCACUUAGGCUCAGGUUUUUCCUUUGUGCCUACUUUCUUUCUUUAUGCCUUUUCUUUUCAUUCAACAGAGGCUAUGCCUCAUUCGAAGGAAGGAAACUUGCAGAGAGCCAGCUUCCUCACCAUAGCCAUACAAUUCAAGUCAGCUCUCUACUCCCAUCUGAUUCUUGCAAACCUUCCACUACAAAAGUGGUGGAGAAGAAGGCAUUAUUGGAAGUAGUCCACAGGCAUGGUCCAUGCUCGCAACUAAAAGCUGGAAAAGCUCCAAGUCACACGGAGAUCCUCCUGCAAGAUGAAUCCAGAGUCAAAUCGAUUCACUCGAAGUUGUCUGGUGCCAGCAAUGUGAAGGUGACAGAUGCAGCUACCCUUCCGGCCAAGGACGGCAGGAGCAUUGGUUCAGGCAAUUAUAUCGUGACUGUGGGACUUGGCACCCCUAAAAAGGACCUUUCCCUCAUCUUUGACACUGGAAGCGACCUCACCUGGACACAAUGUGAACCCUGUGUCAGGUCUUGCUAUAAGCAAAAAGACCCAACUUUCGAUCCCUCUCAGUCAACAUCAUACACCAACAUUUCCUGUGGCUCCUCGCUCUGUAAUUCACUCGCUUCUGCAACAGGCAACACUCUUAACUGUGAUUCCUCAACAUGUGUAUAUGGCAUUCAAUAUGGAGACUCUUCUUUCUCCGUCGGCUUCUUUGGUAAAGAAAGGCUCACUUUAACCCCAACUGAAGCUUUCGACAACUUCUAUUUCGGCUGCGGCCAAAAUAACCAGGGUCUCUUCGGGGGCUCUGCCGGCCUACUUGGUCUGGGCCGCGACCCAUUAUCAUUGGUCUCACAAACCUCACGAAAAUACAACAAGCUCUUCUCCUACUGUCUCCCAUCCUCCUCCAGCUCAACUGGCUUCCUCACUUUUGGCGGCUAUUCCUCUAAAUCCGCUAAAUUCACACCGUUAUCCACAACAUCUGCCGGCUCCUCCUUCUAUGGCCUCGACUUCACUGGAAUCAGCGUCGGAGGCAGCAAAUUGUCAAUUUCCCAGUCAGUCUUUUCAACCGCCGGUGGAAUCAUCGACUCAGGCACUGUCAUCACCCGGUUGCCACCGGCGGCAUACUCUGCUUUAAGGUCUGCCUUCAGGCAAUUGAUGACCAGGUAUCCGACAGCGCCUGCAGUAUCAAUACUUGACACUUGCUACGAUUUUACCAACUAUAAUACGAUCAGCAUACCAAAGAUUGGCUUUUUCUUUAAUGGUGGAGUUGAGUUGGAUAUUGAUGCUACCGGAAUUCUAUAUGCUAAUAAGGUGUCUCAAGUGUGCUUGGCCUUCGCCGGAAAUAGUGACCCAACGAACGUGGCCAUUUUAGGUAACGUGCAGCAAAAGACUCUAGAGGUUGUCUACGAUGGAGCUGCUGGAAAAGUUGGUUUUGCUGCUGGUGGUUGUAGUUGAUUUAUCCAAUAUUGCAUUCAGGUUAGAUGGAAAAAUGGUAAACACAGUUAUAAUAUUAAAAUCCUUGCAGAACUGUGAAAUAUGGAGUUUGAAUUUCAAUCGAAUUUAACACAGCAUGAUGAAAGAAGGGGAAUGUGGGUGCAUUGGAUUAUGAUUAUUGAUUAAUGAAUAAUGGGAGAUUGAUUUGUGACCUAAAAGCUAGGGAUCAAAUCAUGCUUAUAAUAGUGUGCAUUAAGGUAAAGGGAAGUUUGGAAUUUGUGUAUACUAAUAGCUUUUGCAAAUGUUAUGUUUUUAUCCAGCAAUUUUUAGCAUUUUUCUCUA